UGUGCGCUUGUGUUUCCCCUCUUCGCCGGGCACUUCCGCGGAGCCUCAUGAACCUCCUCCAAUGAUCCCAAGUGCUAUUAAGCAUGGGAAAGGAAGCUCUUGUUUCAUUCACUGUUCUGCAACAACAUUAGAAACCAGACAGUCGACAAUGAAGGGAGCAUGAAGAUGGAUACUGCCAUUGUUCAGGUGAUGUGAUUAUCUGCACAUCUCAGGAGCAUUAAACUCCACACAAUCUUUCCAUGGAGGACGACUAUGAUGUGGACAUGGGUGAAGUGUUCGUGGGAAAGUCCGCAGCAGGCCACUGGUGGAUGGACUUUGGGAAGGGAGUCACCGCAGAGUCCGAAAGAGGCUUCAUGGUGAACAGUCGCAGCUGGGCUGAAGAGCUUCAGGAGUGCUACGAUGGAGGACAAAGAAGACUGUCGUGCAUCUCAGCCCAGCGAAAUGAGAGGGAGUCAAUCAGGCAGAAACUUGCCUUGGGUAGUUUCUAUGACGACGAGCCAGUCAUCUUCACCAGCUGCAGCAAGAACGACUCGUCCUCUCGGUUCCACAGUGGAGUCAACCUGCAGGUGUGUUUUAUCAACGACAGCAGCAGCGACAAAGACAGCGAUGCCGAGGACAGCAGGACAGAAACCAGUCUGGAUACACCUUUGUCACCUGUGAGCAAGCAGAGCUCGUCGUUAUCGGAUCGAGACACAGCGGAGGAGGACUCUGAUCCGCUGGACGACUGCGGCGGCUUCUGGCGGGUGCAGCGGAGGCUCCAGGAGGAGGCUCGGGUGGCCUUGGCUCUGGCCAGACCCAUGGCCCGUAUGCAGGUGGAAGUGGAGAGGCAGAUCCAGCAGCACAGACGCUCGCCUGUGGCAGAUCUGCUUCCCCAUCUGCCUCACAUCAGCGAAGGCUUGAUGAAGAGGAAUCUGAGGCGAGGCGAUAUGAGGGAUAUGAGUCUUGGGCAGCUCCAAGUCAUCACAAACGACUUGCACUCGCAAAUCCAAAGUCUAAAUGAGGAGCUGGUGCAGCUGCUGCUGCUUAGGGACGAGCAGCAUGUGGAGCAGGACGCCAUGCUGGUGGACAUCGAGGACCUCACCAGACACGCUCACAGCCAUCAGCGACACCAGGCUGAGAAAGCCAACGCUAAAUAAAUCCCUGUGUAUCCAUCUGCACGCCAUCCGACGUAGUACCCACUCCAUGGAUUGUCACUUGUUUUGCCACGGAAGCUCCAUCUGUGCUGGGAAAAGAAGACUUCGUGUAGUGUUUAUACAUGUACAUAAAGUAUCGCACCACUGGACCCAGUUGACAGCCUUUUCGCUUUCCACUCUGCUGGAUAAUAUAUGACAUAUUUUGUAGAGUUAAGGGGUUCUUGACAUAAUUCCAUCACAAAAUCAACUUUGUCGCCUAAAGGGGUUUUGCGAGGUACAUUUUUAGAGGGACAGAAGGAGCAUUUGCACACUUUGUUGUUUACUCCAGUUAAAACUGGAGUUCAGUGUUGUAAUAGAAAUUUGGUCUCGAGUGCUGAUUUUAAAGCUGCAAUGCUGCAGCACUAAUAAGAAUCCUGAAGACACGCAACUGGAUGUAAAUCAAUUGCUGAUAUAGUGCACACUUUCAUUGUACUUUUUGAGCUUUGUCUUUGCACAUUUACUUUGCAUACAUCUGUACAACACACAGAGAAUAUGAAAGGUAUUUUGGAGGAGUAUGAAAAGCAUUAUGGAUUGCCUAAAAUUUUUUUUUUUUCUGUGACGCUCAAUUUACUAAAUAAGAAAAACUGAACAACUAAAUCCCAGACUGAACAUAUAUUUUAUGUGAUACAAAGUUUUAUGUGACAGAAAGGAUGUCUAUUAAAGAGAGGAACUUAUUGGUCGUUGACAGUGUGUCCUUUUAGCAUAAAGUCAACUUUGUUUUUCUAUUGUAUGCUACGUGGAUAAAUGUCCUGUUAUGACUGUAAAGAAAUGGAAUA